UAUAAUAGCGCUGAUAAAACAAAACAAAACAGAGAGAUUCCUCUGCUUCUGUAUUGUUUCUCUAGUCAGAUGUCCAAUGUUGAAGAGCCACCGCAUAAGAUGAGGAAGAAGGAGGAGGCGUCUUCGUCUCUGUGGUUACCAGAUGAUGUGGUUAUCAGCUGCAUGGCUCGAGUCUCGAGACUGGAUCACGCGGCUUUAUCUCUUGUCUCCAAGAGUUAUCGCUCUCUAGUGGCUUCGCCUGAGAUCUACAUGACCCGAUCGCUGAUGGGUCUCACUGAAACGUACGUCUACGUAUGCCUAAGAACCCCUCCUCCUGACCCAAAGCUACGCUGGUUUAUACUCCGCCGUAGAGAAACCCCAGACGCCUCUGAUCCCUUCUCUCCCCUCUCAGCCUUUGGAAGCUUCCGCCGUGGUGGUGCUGGAUGGGGGGAUUUAUGUAAUCGGUGGAAUUAUAAAGGAGAAUAAGCGCACUUCCGACGUCUGGCUCUUGGAUUGUCGGACUCACACGUGGCGCCACGUCCAUUCAAUGGGAGUGCCUCGAGCUUACGCCCUUGCUGGAGUCGUAGAGGGGAAGAUUUACGUGAUAGGAGGCUGCGAUGUGUAUAACCCAAACACGUGGGGAGAGGUAUUCGACCCAAAGACUUAAAGUUGGAACUAUAUUCUGGUGUGAAUCGGAUGAGUUGGACUGGGCCUGAUGGGAUGAUGGACACAAAGGAGGUCAAGGGUUUGGGCUCUCUCAACAAGACUCUCUUGCGCUCCAGAGUGGUCCACUUUGGUGAGCUGUUGCUUGAUCGGUGGGAGCAAGCGAAGAUCCAUCAUGGUAUGAACCCUCUAAGGAAUAACAAUUUUGGUAGAUGCCGCGAGUUGGAAGAUUUACUUCCCGGGGCCAGACUGAUCAACCUUGGUAGGAACGUUGGACUCUUCUGGGACUUCAUCGAGGGGGAUCAUCUUGAAAUAUGGUUUGCGGAGAUCUCUUUGGAGAGACGCCAAGGAGGCGAGAUUUGGGGCAAUAUCAAGUGGUCUAAUGCUGUCAUGACCGUUGAUCCUUUCUUACAUCGCUACAAAGCUUUAAUAAGGAAGCUGCAAAGCCAAUCCGAAGCUUCUGAUGUGAUUCCAGUUACAACAUACUUUGGACAUAUAGUGAAUGGGAUGAAGUGUAACAACUUUGAUAUAGUGUGUAGAUAUGUCUAAACUAAUUUUGCAAUGUAA